AUGGACGACGACGUAAACGACGACGAAGAGAAGCAGAGGAGGAAAAGGAGCGUGGAUUUUGAAGAGGAGGGUGUGAAGGAGGAGAAGUCUUCUCGCGAUGAUGAUUGUGCCGCUCAACCGGAGACGAACAACAAGAGAGCGAAAAUUGGUUUCGAAGAAGAAGAAGAAGACAAAGAAGAAGACAAAGAAAAGGACAACAAAAAGUUUACAAUACCAGAACGAGACUCGAAACUGCGGGAACGAUUCAACGCGAAACUGGUCGCGAAAGCGACGACGACGACUUCUACAUUGAACAUUCGCGGACGCGGUCACGCGUUCAAGAAGCAGCGCGAGGAAGAGGAUGAAAUUAACGACGAAAAGUUGGAUGAAAUCGAACCGAGAGAUAAAAAGUUGACGCCGUUGGAAGCGCAGGUGAGAGAUUUUAAGCGGAAGUAUCCGAGCGUGUUGCUUUUAUUCGAGGUUGGAUAUAAGUUUCACUUUUACGGAAAAGAUGCGAGGAAAGCGGCGGAGACGUUGAACGUGUUUGCGUAUCCCGGGAAGACGUGGUUGCAAGCGAGCGGGCCGGUGCAUAGGUUGGCGGUGUACGUGAGACGGUUGGUUAACGCGGGGCAUAAAGUUGGGGUGGUCAGGCAGACGGAAACGGCAGCGUUAAAAGCGGAAGGGUCGACGAAAGGAAGCGUGUUCACGAGAGAGUUGGUGGCUUUGUAUACGAAGGCGACGAUGGACGCGGGCGUGUCGAUUGCCGCGGAACCGGCGCAUACCAACAACGAGAGCGACGAGGCGCAGAAAGCAGUCGAUAUCAUCGAGAACAAGACAGAUAGAGAAGGUGAAGGUGAUGAGGAUUUACAAGGUGUGGUGAUUACAAAUAAUCAUCGCAAAAGCUCGACGACAACGAGUAAUAUAACCGCAGACGAACAACAACAUCGUCUUUCGAAUUAUUUGCUGUGCAUAUCGGAAGAAAAGAAAUCUGAGCGAGGAAACAAAGACGAGAUCGCGUUAGUUGCCAUCGAAACGAGCGUCGGGAACAUUUAUUACUCGCACUUUGAAGAUGACAGUUCGCGGUCGAGAUUAGAGUCGGCGCUUUUGAAAAUCUCCCCGUGCGAAAUUUUGUUCGCGGGUGGAGGAGGAGGCGAAGAAGAAUCCUCGUCCUCGAAAGAAACGAAACGGUUGGUCUCGGCUUUAUUUCCAGACGCGCGAGUGGAACAAUCCACAUCGUCCGUCUCGAGUUUAUCCAAAGCGGAAAUCGAUGAGUAUUUUGGAUCGAAUAAUUCAGAAAAAGUCGCGGGUCUGCCUCGUCUACUUAUCGCGACCUUGGCGGCGGCGAGAGAAUACCUCGUCCCGUUCAAGCUCGAAAACGUUUUGAAAUUGUCCAAAGCGAUAAAGCCUUUGGACGACUUCCAAUCGGAGAUGAUUUUAUCUCCGAACGCUAUUCGGCAGCUGGAAAUCUUCCGAAACUCGGACGAUGGCUCGUUUACUGGCAGUCUCUUGUGGCUCAUCGACCACGCGAAAUCGAAGGCCGGGAGUCGCGAACUUUCGCGAUGGGUCUCGAGACCGUUGCGAGAUCGCGCGGAAAUCGAGAAUCGUUUAUCCGCCAUUGAAACGCUCAGGUCAGUGAAUAGUGCGCCAACAUCCGUACUCGCUCUCGAAAAGCUUGAGAAGAUAUUGCGAACAGCUCCAGACGUCGAACGAGUAGUUGCUCGAGCGCACCAUUUGAACGCCACUCCGGCUGAGUUUGUCGCAGCUAUGCAAUUUUUCCUUUCCUUUGGCGCCGCGUGCGUGGAAAUGCAACACUCCGCCCUGUUGAAUCAAAACGACGAGAAAUCUCCGUUGAAUGAACUCUUGAGCGCGUGUGCGGACGAAGCCACUUUGCGCGCGUGCACGAAGGCACUCAAUGCGUUAGAUUUAACCGUAGCCAACUCAAGAGCUGGGAAUUUGGGAUGUUCCAGAGACGCGUACGUAGGGUUGUUCUUGAGAGAAAACGAGGACAACCAAAAGCAGUUUCCGGAGAUGUUUCGAGCGCAUGAUAAUCUCGAAAAGUCGAAAGCAACCAUGGAUGCGUUGCUUCCCGAUUUAGCGGCGCAAAUUCCGGGUAUUAUCAAAGGCGCUAAAUUAUCGUACACCUCUGUCGGCGGCGCAUCUGGCGCAGAAUAUCUCAUCGAAGUUGGCGAUAAAUUGAAACCACCGAACGACUGGAUUAAAGUCAGCGCAAACAAGUCCAAGAAAGUAAUUCGAUAUCAUCCACCGAUCGUUCUUGAAAACAUGAAAUCGUUGGAUGCAAACAGCGAGCGACUCGCGUUGGCGUGCGAAGACGCGUGGAAGUCGUUUCUGAAAGAGUUUUCGCGCGUAUCGUACGGCGAAUGUCGCCAAGCAGCAAAAGCGGCGGCAAAGAUUGACGCGUUAAACGCGCUCGCGAUUUUAUCGAUGAACGACGGGUAUUGUCGACCGGAAUUUUUCAAGGAGGAGGAAGAGAACGAAGACGGCACGGCGCGCAUUGAAAUCGUAGAAGGGAGACACCCGACGCUCGAUGCGAAAAUGGUCGAUAAGUUUGUGCCAAACUCAGCGUCGUUAGGCGGUGCUCAAUCGAGCGGCGAGAGUAGAAACGACAGCACUCGCCGUCGCCGUCGCGCAAUGAUUCUUACCGGUCCAAACAUGGGCGGUAAAUCGUGCUUUGCGCGUCAAGUCGCGCUCAUCGCCAUCCUCGCGCACAUUGGCUCCUUCGUUCCCGCGAAAUCGUGCCGAUUGUCCGUGUUAGAUGGCAUCUACACUCGCGCCGGGGCGGCUGAUAAUCUCGCGCUCGGUCAAUCCACAUUCUUCCAAGAGAUGAGCGAAACGUCCGCGAUAUUGAAGUCGUGCACCAAGAAAUCUUUGGUCGUGCUCGACGAACUCGGUCGGGGCACGUCCACGACCGACGGCAUCGCGCUAGCAACGGCUACGCUAAGAAUGCUCGUCGAAAAGGUUCAGUGCGCGACUGUUUUCGUCACGCACUUCUCCAAUCUCGCGAAACAGUUCAAAGAGAGCAACGCCGACGAGGUGUUUUGCUGCUUUCCUAGUCACAUGAAAACGAACGACGAGAAAGAUAGCAAACGAAUCGCAUUUCUCUACACGCUCGAGGAAGGCGUGGCCCACCGCUCCUUUGGAUUAAACGUCGCGAGCAUGGCGGGGAUACCUGAAAAAGUUCUCGAAGUUGCAGAAGUGAAAUCGUUAGCGUUUGAAGAAAAGAGCAGCCGCAAGAGUGCGGGAAGUGACGAAGUAGUAGGAGAUAAGAUGAUUCGAGACGCUUUGUUGUUGGAAUCGUCGAAUAUAGCUCAAAUAAAAGAAACGCAGCGAGCGCUGCGUUUCUUUGCGCCUGUAAAAUAA